AUGCCGCGAAGUGCGAGUUUGGCGUUACCAGCUUUACCUUCCUGGGACACACCAUCACCCCGGAAGGCAUCCGGCCACUCGCACCUAAGGUCCAGGUCAUCCGAGACUUUCCUACCCCCACCUCUCGCAAAGGGCUCCGCGCGUUCAUUCCCCGGCCUCGUGACCUUCUCCCGACAUUUUGUGCCUUGCUGUGCUGCCUUGCUCCAACCUCUGUACGCCGUUCUCGGCGCUGACCAUCCGAAAGAGGCCCGUGCUGCCCCUCUGGAGUGGACACCGGCAGCAGAACGCGCGUUCGCAGAGGUCAAGCAGGCCCUGGCAGAUGCUGUGUUGCUCCACCAUCCUCGUCCUGACGCCGAAACUGCGUUGUUCGUCAACGCCUCCACUGCUGCCGUCGGCGCCGUCUUGCAGCAGCGCCGCCCGUUUGUGCUGUACACAGGCCACAAGCCUCUCAUGUUCGCCUUGCGAUCGGCGUCCGGCAACUACUCACGUCGUGAAACCUGCCACAAGUGCUGCCUCUUGGAAUUCACGACAGAUGUACGCCACGUCGCCGGCGAAGACAAUGCAGCUGCCGACGCGCUCUCGCGGCCGGACGUUAAUGCUCUCCAUCCGCCCCCCGCGGUCGAUUUGGACGGCAUCGCCCAAGCGCUACAGGCUGAUCAAGAGCUCGCCGAUCUUCGUUCAUCCCCCGCAUCCACCACUUUUCGCGAAAUGUCGCUCCCCGGUUCGACGGCGAGACUAUGGUGCGACACAUCUACUGGCACCCCGCGCCCUUUCGUUCCCCUGGACUUUCGCCGGCCUGUUUUCAACGCCCUCCACUCGUUGUCCCACCCUGGCGUGCGCGGCACGCAGAAGAUUGUCGCAGAGCGCUACAUAUGGCCUCGCAUGAAUGCCAACGUCCGUGCCUGGGCUCGCGCCUGCCUUGCCUGCCAGCGGUCCAAAAUCCACCGCCACACCAUCUCGCCUCCAUCGCGGUUCCUUCCGCCAGAUGCCCGUUUCGGCCAGGUAAACAUCGACCUGGUCGGCCAGCUUCAUCCGGCCAAGGGCUACCGCAUCCUGCUCUCUUGCAUCGACCGGUUUACCCGCUGGCCGAAGGUAACGCCGAUUCCUGACCAGCAGAAACAGUGGCCCACGCAUUCCUCUUCUCCUGGGUUUCCCGAUUCGGCGCCCCGUCCACUGUCACCACGGACAGAGGACGCCAGUUUGAAUCGGUCCUCUUCCGUCACCUGUGCAGCGCCCUCGGAACCCAUCACAUCCGAACCUCGGCCUACCAUCCGACUGCCAACGGCCUGGUCGAGCGCCUUCAUCGGCAGCUCAAGGCUUCCCUCCGCGCCACUGACCACGGCGACACAACAUGGCCCGAGCGUCUUCCCUUCGUCCUGCUUGGCCUUCGCGCCGUGA